GGAGAGUUAUCAGCAAGCCCACGCAGUAGGUGAGCAGUGCGUGGGCACUCACCUAAUGGCUCCAGGGAUCGGCCCGUUUGCUGUGUGUGUGUGUGUGUGUGUGUGUGUGUGUGUGUGUGUGUAUGUGUGUGUGUUCAGAGCCACUGUGUGCAUUGCCUCCCAGGAGCAGUAAAUGCUGAGUGCACAUAGUUGGUAUUAAAGAGAAUGGAAGGGCAGCUGACUGGAGAACUGCUGCUUGACUAUUGGAGGGUUUGCACGAUGUCCAUGCUGUAGUAAAGUAUAAUUCUCCAGCUAGCAGCUGGAAGCUAGUGUUAUUGUUUGUGCUGAGAUAUCAGACUUCUCCAGCCUAUCUCUCUGUAUGGUGUUUUUAUUGUUUUUUCCUAGAGAACUUUUAGCAGUUACGGAAAGCACAGUUUUGGUGAAAGCCCAGCUCAGAGCUUACAGCUUAAGAAAUGGCAGCACAGUGUGUGACUAAGGUGGAGCUGACUAUUGCCUGCACAAAUCUUUUGGAUAAGGAUGUUGGUUCCAAGUCAGACCCGCUGUGUGUUCUUCUCCAGAAUACGAGUGGUCAGCAGUGGUAUGAGGUUGAUCGCACAGAAAGAAUUAAGAAUUCCUUGAACCCUAAAUUUUCGAAGAAAUUUCUAAUUGAUUACUAUUUUGAGCUUGUUCAGAAACUUAAAUUUGGAGUAUAUGAUAUUGAUAACAAAACCAUUGAACUGGCUGAUGAUGACUUCCUAGGAGAAUUUGAAUGUACACUGGGACAAAUAGUUUCUAGCAAGACUCUAACGAAACCAUUAGUACUUAAAAAUGGCAGACCUGCUGGGAAAGGAAGUAUUACGAUUACAGCAGAAGAAGUGAAGGAUAACAGAGUUGUCUUAUUUGAAGUAGAAGCGAGGAAAUUGGACAAUAAGGAUUUUUUUGGAAAGUCAGAUCCUUAUCUGGAAUUCCACAAGCAGACUGCAGAUGGAAACUGGGUGAUGGUUCACAGAACAGAGGUUAUUAAAAACAACUUGAAUCCUGUUUGGAGGCCCUUUAAAAUCUCUCUCAAUUCUCUGUGCUACAGUGACAUGGAUAAGCCCAUCAAGGUUGAGUGCUAUGACUAUGAUAGUGAUGGGUCUCAUGAUAUCAUAGGAAGUUUCCAAACCACGAUGUCAAAACUGAAGGAAGCAUCUCGGUCCUCACCUGUUGAAUUUGAGUGCAUCAAUGAGAAGAAAAGACAAAAGAAGAAAAACUACAAAAACUCUGGAAUUGUGAGUGUUAAGCACUGUGAGAUCAUAGUAGAAUGUACAUUCCUUGAUUACAUCAUGGGUGGGUGUCAGCUGAAUUUCACAGUGGGCAUAGAUUUCACAGGCUCCAAUGGAGAUCCACGCUCUCCUGACUCCCUUCACUACCUAAGCCCUGAUGGAGUUAAUGAAUACCUAACAGCCGUUUGGUCCGUAGGGAUGGUCAUUCAGGAUUAUGAUACAGAUAAGAUGUUUCCAGUCUUUGGAUUUGGUGCACAGAUUCCUCCUUCCUAUCAGGUGUCACAUGAGUUCCCUAUAAAUUUUAACCCAUCAAACCCAUUCUGUAAUGGAAUCCAAGGCAUUGUUGAUGCAUAUCGUGCUUGUCUUCCUCAAGUGAGGUUAUAUGGGCCAACCAAUUUUUCUCCAAUUAUAAAUCAUGUGGCAAGAUUUGCUGCUGCAGCCACACAGCAGCAAACAGCAUCUCAAUACUUUAUUCUUCUGAUCAUAACGGAUGGUGUGAUAACAGACCUCGAUCAAACUCGAACUGCCAUAGUUAAUGCUUCAAAAUUGCCCAUGUCCAUUAUCAUUGUUGGUGUUGGAGGAGCAGACUUCGAUGCUAUGGAGUUUCUUGAUGGUGACAAUGGAGUUCUUAGGUCUUCAUCAGGAGAACCAGCUGUCAGAGACAUAGUCCAGUUUGUGCCAUUUAGGAAGUUCCAAAAUUCUCCAAAGGAAGCUUUGGCUCAGUGCGUCCUGGCAGAAGUCCCUCAGCAGGUGGUGAACUACUUCAGCACCUACAAAUUGCAACCUCCUAAGAAUUCUGCUGCAAAGUGAGUGGGCUGAGUGGGGAAGCUGAGUCUUCAUGCCUUCUUUACUUGGUGUACCUACAGACUUUGUUUCUUGAGAUACUCUGUAUAUGUACAUAUGCACACCUCUGUGUUAAUGUGUUAGCUUUUUCCUACAAAACAGUUUGCCAAGAGUGUCUUCUGAGGGCCAAAAUUGUAAUUGUUUUGGUAUUCAAUGUAUAUUUAUGGGAUAGAUAUUACAUGGAUGUGUUUUAUUUUGAAAACUAAUAGAGGGGGAAAAAGAUGAGAUUGACUAUGCAGAGAGAGGGAGGAGAAUGAUGAAGAGCAGAAUGGCUGCCUGUUUGGUAAAUGGCCAGUGAGAGUGUUUCUUUCUUCAGUUACUUUCUUGAGUGGGGAUCAACACCAAGCAAUGCAAUUUCUCAGUGAUUGUAAAAACAAUCUGAUGUGAAAAAAGGGCAUAUCUCCAAGCAGGUAAGUUUGUACGUGAUGCAACAAAUCUGGAAUGUUUCACAUUUUUGUGUCUACUAGAGCACCAUAAGAAAACUUAGUGACAGUAGUGAGUGCCAGAACAAAGUGUAGAAGUCCUCCUUGCAUACAUACUUCACAUUUGCUACUUUAGUGCCUUUGACCAGUGCCUUAGAUCUAAGACUGUCUGAAUAUGAGCAAAAUGUCUAAAAAUCUCAGAAAAAUACUACUGGCCCUUGAGGCUACUACUGUAGAUGCUGUAACAUAUAUUUGAGUGAGAACUUCACUUAAAAAACAGGAAGUUCAGGUGUUUUUCUUUCUCUCCUUUGAGACAGCCAUAUGCCUGUUGAUCUUUAAAGGGCCAGGGCACAUUGUGAAGUAGAAAUCAACAUUUUAACUGGAAAAUUCUGUUUAAUAACUGCAUGUUAUCAUACAAAGCUGGUUCUACUGUAUAUUGAUUUUUGUCAUAUUUUGAAUCACGCAUUUUUCUGAUGAACUCUCAAAAGCUAGUGAAAAGUGCCUGCAGAAAACAAUCCUCUUCCACUCCUAGCAGGAAGUUAUAAGUAAAUAUCUUUUGGAUUUUGGAUGUCUAGUUGUAGCAUGUUACAACAAAAUGGGCUAAAACUGAAUUUAGCCUUCUUGGGCACCCAAGAUGGCACCAGUUUAUAGUGUAUGCGCCUUUUCUGGCUGCUGGAGCUGCACUGUUCUUUUUCCACAUAUGCAUAAUUCUGCCAAAAAUCUGAAUUCAUGUUAAUGCAUUAACAAUCAUGGAUGAGUAUUGAGAUUGCUUUACAUAUCCUGUAGGUUGGUCCAAAUGUUCCAUAUGCAGCUGACUAGUUACCACUCAUCGAUUUUUCUUGGUGGAAGAGGGACAUAAAUUGUUUUAGGACUGAGAUAAAAGAAAGAUAUUUUGUUUCGUAUUAAGUCAAGCACUCUUUAAAAAAAAUAUAUAUAUACAUUCGUACAUGUUUUUAUAUAUAUAUAAUUCAUGUUUUGGUCAUAUAAAAGUAUAUGGAGUAAUUUCUUUGUAACUGGAGUGCAAAUGCAUCAGUAUUUCAUACAUAAGGUAUAAUGAACUGUUAUGCUAUAUCUGCAAGAGACAAUAUUAAUAUUAAGGAAGUAGUUAUCAACCUAAAUCACACUGCUUUAGAUUGAUAAAGGAUGAUUUUGCACCAGUUAACUUUCACAGUUGUGUGCUCCAUGCAGACAGGGAGCAAACAAGAUGGGGUGUUAGUGCUUUGUCUGGAUUCAUUGAAGUGGGUAUGUACUACUGAUUGGAAUUCAAAAAUUCCUUUUGAGCUUUCUGCCAAAAAUGAUGCUGCAUCUCAGUUAUGUUGCUGUGGAAGUGCAUUUAAAUGUAUUAACAUAUGUUAAUAAGCAUAACUGUAGUAAUCACCUGCUGUGUAUAAAAUAAAACUUAUUCCUGAAUUCAUUGAGCUUAGGAAAUUAAAUAGCAUAUCAAUAACAUCUAAUCUCAAGGUACCCUAUGCUUUGUAAAAUAAAUAUGUUUCAGACCUGACAAUGGCUAGAAUCGUUUUCCAGGUAUUCAUCUCUUUGGAGCAUACAGCUAAAAGCAUGUUGAAAACUUUGGAAAUUUCCAGGUUGGGCUGAAGCAGUAUUCUGAGCUAAGGUAUGCACCAAAUUGGAUCAAGAGGAAGGGGAAUUUACUCAUUUUGCUGAUUUUUUGUUUUUUGGUUUUUAUUUUUAUUUUUAUUUUUACAUGUGAGAAAUGCCAUAUUAGUUUGAGAGUACCAAGCAAAAUAUUGUGUUAAGUUCUGGAAAGUGUAUGUGCUUGUAGAUCACUUGCACCACCUUGUGAUAAAAGUAAUAUAUAGCAGUCUCUGUAAUCAGGAACUCUUCGCUGUUUAAUGGCUUAAUAUAUACAUACGUGCAGCAGAGAAAUAACCUGUGACCAGAGUUGUGUGUUUUUUUGUUUUUUUGUUUUUUAAAGUACUUUCCAUAUGUAUUUCAGUUCUGAAGCUAACUGGUUUACAAUGCUACACAUUAAAAUUGUCAUUUCAGUA